UGCAAGUGUCACGGAGUUUCUGGGUCUUGUGCAGUACGCACCUGCUGGAAACAACUUUCCCCCUUCCACGAGACGGGAGCUCUGCUCAAAGCAAAGUAUGACAAUGCCCUCAAAGUCCUGGGAGCAACAAAUGAGGCAGUUGGGGGCCACGAGUCUCUAGGACAUUCCUUCGCUGGCCGUGCUAUUCGCUCUACAGAUCUCGUUUAUUUAGAAGACUCUCCAAGCUUCUGCCGCACCAGUCGCUUUUCUCCUGGGACUGCAGGAAGAGUGUGCGCAAGAGAGACCACAUGUGACAGUCUGUGUUGUGGUAGAGGGUACAACACCCAAAGCCGAAUGGUCACUUUUUCCUGCCACUGUCAAGUACACUGGUGCUGCCACGUGGAGUGUCAGAAGUGCGUUCAGCAACAGGACACCUAUACAUGCAAACAAUAA